AUGCCUCUGAAUCCGAGAAGCCACAUCGAGGGAAGGCCCGAGGCCGACGAUUCUUCAGAAGAAGCUUCGUGUGAGCCCGUUCAAUAUCCGCCGUUGUGGGUAAUGGCCGAACGCGCCAUUCUCAAGGUCCAAGGCCGAAGCGCACGAUUCAUCAGCAGAAUCUCCGCAAGUGCCUCUGCCUCUGCAGGGUCGCCGGUCCCUGAUCAAAGGGUCAGAGAGCCAGCAAUCAGCAGAAUCUCCGCCGGCGAGGCGGCCGAACGUGGCAACAGAACCGGAAUGCCCGAUGCGCGGGAUUCCGAGUGGACUUGUUGCAUGGGACUUCCCAAAGCCAAUAACGGUUUUAGGAGAGGCAGAAGGGGAAGAUUCAUCAGCAGAAUCUCCGCCAGGUCCCGGGAAGUUGACAGAAGGUUCUGA